AUGGGGAAAUUGGUGCAUAACGUCCAGAAGAAACAACAUAGAGAGAGAGGUCAGAUCACAAGCAGGGCCCGUUUCGGUCUCUUGGAAAAAAAGAAAGAUUACAAGCUUCGGAGUGAAAAUUUCCACAAGAACCAGGCGAAGCUCAAGCUUUUGAAAGAAAAGGCAAAGAACUAUAACGAAGAUGAAUUUUACCAUGCGAUGAAAAAUAGAGAGACGAAUGAAGACGGAAUUCUGAUUCAAAAACGUCAAUUUUCAGAAAAUUUGUCCAAUGACCAGGUCCUCUUACUCAAAGGCCAGGACCUCAACUACCUGAACACCAUUUCAUCUAAAGAAAACAGAAAGAUCGAAAAAAGCAUGAAUAGCAUGAACUUAUUUGGAAGUAAUGGUAAGCACACUGUCUUUGUGCAGGACAAAGAAGAGUUUGAGAAUUUCAAUCCUGAAGAAUAUUUCGAGACCGACAAAGCAUUGUUGGGAAGACGAGAAAACCGUCUCAAGACCUCACAGCUACUCAGCUCAAACAAGAGUUUGUCUCAGGACACAGAAUCGCUCGAAGAGUCGUUGGCAUACAAAAGAAGGGAACUGGAUGUAUUAAAGCAAAGGAUUGAAAGAGAGAAGAAAUUGAAAGACGUGAAAAGUAAGCUACAGUUACAAAGGGAGCUAAUGAAACCGGGAUCGAAGAAGAAAAUCACCAAGGACGGUCAGGUAGUGUACAAAUGGAAGAAUGAGCGGAAGAAAUGA